UUAGGAGGCUAAAACCCGAAAAGAUCAACGCAGCAAACCCCCGCUUUGUGUAAUCUCUCACCCAGGAAAUCUUUGUGGAAUUUCAUGUCCAUCUUGUCUUCCCAUAGCGACACUCAUAUAGCUUCCUCUUCUUCUUCACCAAGCUCUCCAAACCCUAACCCCAAUCAUGGAUCCAAACACCACCACCAACAACAACCCUCUCCCUCCCCCCACAACUUCUCUGGAAAUAUGGCUCCCACUGCAUAUGCUUCUGGAGGAUCUUCCAAAAAGGUGAACAACUCCAGUAGCAGUCAAGAUGGUUUUACAAGUUCACGACCCCAUAACAGUGAUAGAAUUUCACUGCACCAACAAGGAAAAUCAGCUAGGACCAAUGAUCCUUCCAGUGGAAGAGACCAGUUUGGUUCCAACAGUCCUCAAGGAAUUGCUACCCGCUCAGCUCCAAGAAGAGCCCAAAUGGUUAGUGGAAAUCACUUGCUGAAUUUUCAGUAUGAUCCCAUUUCUCGUCCACAAUCUAGGAUGCCUCCUCCAAGGAGAUACGUGAAGAGAAAACCUUACAACAAAGACUUGUUUCUUCAAGCAAAUUACAAGUUUGUUCUGUUGGAUUCAGGCAAUUACACGCCUGAAUCAAUGGAUCCAGACAAAAUGUUACAAUGGGAGGAUAUUGUUUGUGUGAGAUAUUCCACUCCAUUUCAAGUGCAAUGCCCCAUAUGCUUAGAGGAUCCUCUGUGUCCUCAGAUAACUUCAUGUGGUCAUAUCUUCUGUUUUCCCUGUAUUAUGCAAUAUUUUAUGAUCUCUGAAGAAGAUGACCAUAAAGACGAUUUCAAGAAGAAAUGCCCAUUGUGCUUUAUGAUGAUAUCUUCGAAAGAUUUGUACACCAUCCAAAUUGAGAACGUUAAGCAACUUCGUGUUGGUGAUGUCAUUGAGUUUGUCCUUUUAACCCGUCACAAGGAUUCAUUUACUUCAUCUUUGAAAAAUAAUGAUGGCAUUGUUGGUGGAGAGGAGGUUCAGAAGUCAUUUUCUAAGUUCAUAUUUACUUCAGAUGUUGACCUUUCUGUCCGAGAGGCAAUGUCUGAUCUUGAUAGUUGGUUAGCUAGAGCAGAUUCAGGCCUAGUUGAUGACAUGGAGAAACUUCCCUUUGUCUGUGCUGCAAUGGAACAGUUGGAGCAGAGGAAGAAGUACUGGAAUGGGCAACAUAUUUCUGUCCAAAACAGCAAAUCUAACAAAGAUAAUUUUUUGGCGAAGUGUUCUUAUAGAGCUCAGUCAACAGAAAGUAUUCAGGUCCAUUCUGCUGGUCAAUCUACUCUUGAAAUGCCAUCCAGUCAUCUAACUGAUAAGCCAAUAUUGCAGGAGAAGUCAACUCUCAAUAAGGUAGUGAGGGACUCUCAGCUUAUUCAAGCUGCAGAUGUUGAAUCAAUAGAAGAUUGUAUUGGAUCUUCAUUGUCCUUAUGUGACAAUGACAAGAGCCCACAGAAAGACAGUAGUGGCACUGCAGACAGAGAAGACAUCAAUUCUUACAGUUUCUACCAGGCAGUUGAUGGUCAGCACCUUAUCCUUCAUCCGCUGAACAUGAAGUGUCUUCUGCAUUACUAUGGUGGCUAUGAUAGUCUUCCUAACAGAAUUAGUGGAAAGAUUUUACAAAUGGAGUCUGUGACGCAAUCGGAGGCCAUGAGAAGGCGCUACCGCUUCUUAAGUCAUUUUUCUUUGACGACAACAUUUCAGCUCUGUGAAAUUGAUCUCAGCAAGAUAUUACCCAUGGAUGCACUAUCUCCAUUUAUGGAGGAAAUCAAAAGUAGGGAAAAACAAAGGAAGUGGCAAGCUAGGAAGGAACUGCGUGAACAAGUUAAAGCUGACGCCAUUGGCAUGCACUUAGAGCCUUUGCCUUUUAGGUUUUCAGAACCAUCUUUCACAGAACAGCCUACUUUCACUAGCGAUGACUUUGAAGCUUUGGGAAGUACGAGUACAGCUGUAACAUCAUCAAGCUCCCCAGUGCCUGGAGGCAGACAGCUGUUCUCGAAUGUUGCAAGGCUUGGUUUUGCCGCUGGAUGUGAUCCUCCAGCUCUGAAAACGGAUGAGUCCACGCGUGAUUCUUCUGUUGCGGCUGGAACAAGGAGUUCUGGAAUUCUGUCCUUUGCAAAUGUAACGUCCAAGGCAAAAGCUGUUGAAGGUCCCAACGCGUCUAAGUCAAAUGAUGCAGGGAAGAAGGGGAAGAAGCCAAAUCGGGUCCUAAUGUCAACAUCUGGUGGUAGGCGUUACUGAAUUUUGAAGGGACCUGAUAAGGACAUGUAUCUGUAUAUUAAGAAAUGUUUUACCUUUUAUUUAGGAACCGAGAUUUGUUAGUUACUCACCUAGAUUUGAGGAUGGUGUUUUGGUAAUGAGUUGUGAAGUUGUAGGUUCAACUGUUUUUGCUUCC